UCAGCAAUACAGAACCAACCAUUUCAAUUUUACAGAUUAGAUAAGCCACUCCCACUUUAAAGCUUUCUCUCAAAAAUCCAACAAUAUCUCUCCUCAAAAUUCUCUGCUAUACAUUGAUUUUCCCUCCUUUCUUUGCUCAAACUAAGAAGAACAAGAAAAGAGCAAGAAACCCCAAGAAUUAAUUGCAGAAUGAGUACUGCUUCUUUGUGCCAAUCAACUCUUCAAUCUCAGAUCAAUGGGUUUUGUGGGGGUAUAAAAAUCCGCAAGAUUCAACCUUCUUCUUCUAACCCCAAUUCUAUUACCUUCACUAGGAGAAAAGUUCAAACUGUUGUGAAGGCAUCUCGAGUUGACAAGUUCUCUAAAUCUGACAUCAUCGUUUCUCCAUCAAUUCUUUCUGCUAAUUUUUCAAAGCUGGGUGAGCAGGUAAAAGCUGUUGAAUUGGCUGGUUGUGAUUGGAUCCAUGUUGAUGUAAUGGAUGGUCGAUUUGUUCCAAAUAUCACUAUUGGACCUCUGGUUGUCGAUGCUUUGCGGCCAGUGACAGAUCUCCCACUUGAUGUGCAUCUGAUGAUUGUAGAACCAGAGCAGCGAGUCCCAGAUUUCAUCAAAGCUGGGGCUGAUAUAGUGAGUGUUCACUGUGAGCAGUCAUCCACCAUUCAUUUGCAUCGGACCGUAAAUCAAAUCAAGAGUUUGGGCGCUAAAGCUGGUGUUGUUUUAAACCCUGCAACCCCGCUAAGUACAAUUGAGUACGUGCUUGAUGUGGUUGAUCUGGUCUUAAUAAUGUCCGUAAACCCUGGUUUUGGUGGACAAAGCUUCAUUGAGAGCCAAGUGAAGAAAAUCUCAGAUCUAAGAAGAAUGUGUGUAGAGAAGGGGGUGAACCCGUGGAUUGAGGUUGAUGGUGGAGUUACUCCAGCAAACGCAUACAAGGUCAUCGAGGCUGGAGCCAAUGCUUUAGUUGCUGGUUCUGCGGUCUUUGGAGCUAAAGAUUAUGCUGAAGCUAUAAAAGGGAUUAAGACCAGCAAAAGGCCAGAACCUGUUGCAGUAUGAGGUUCCAAAUGUAAAAUUUUGUUGACAAUCAAGACCUGGAUUCCUAAUACAAAAUCUCCUGUCUCGAGCAGAUAUAUAUACAGCAGCUGUUUGGAACCAUGGUAUUAAUGCUUGAAGAUGACGUUCAGCAAGAGUGCUUGUAGAUUAGAACUCUGUUACAUAGUAUUGUUUUACAUAAGCCUCGUUUAUACUAGAUUUCUUGGUACAUUAUCAAUUCAUAAACAUCUGUACAAAUGUUAUUUUGGAUUGUAUCUACCAAUAAGAUGAAAACUUAAGCCCAAUUACUCGUGUGCUCGGUUGUUCAUCAA